CCCCUUCCUCCCUCCGUCCCGUCUGGCUAUAUAGCUUCUUCCUGAGGUCCGUCUUUCCUCGCCUCUAACGCCAUGUCGGCAACCCAAAGUGGCCCGAAGCGCAUCAGGAUUACAGUCGUCGCUGCCGAUGGUUUGUCCAAACGCGAAGUCUUUCGCCUUCCGGAUCCUUUCGCCGUAAUCACUGUCGAUGCCGAGCAGACCCACACGACUAGCGUCAUGAAAAAGACGCUCAACCCCUACUGGAAUGAGAGCUUCGAUAUCACGGUGAAGGAGAGCUCCGUCAUUGCCGUCCAGAUCUUCGACCAGCGCAAGUUCAAGAAGCGGGAUCAGGGUUUCCUGGGUGUCGUGAACGUGAAAGUCAGCGAUGUCAUCGACUUGGAGUUGGGAGGCCAUGAGAUGCUCACCCUUGACUUGAAGAAGUCGAACGACAACCUCGUUGUUCACGGGAAGCUCAUCAUCUAUCUCUCUACUAAUGUCAGCCAGCCGAUUAGCAACCCAGGCCCUUCUCAAGUUAGCGGGGUGACCGAGGCGCUAAGCAGCCUAUCCGUGACUGGGAACUCGGCUAGUGCGAGCACUACGAAUCUGGCUGCGGGAACUACUCUUUCUCGCACGCCCAGCGCCAACGCACAAAGCCCCGUCCAAGACGCACACGUUACGAUGCCUGUUCCUCAUGUCGCACCAACCACGACAGAGAGCGAGCCCUCCCAGACCGUCUCCCGACCUGUCAGCACCGCUGGAACUGUACAGUCUCAAACUCCGGCCCCGCCUACCACGACCAAUGCGAGUGCAACUGCGCACACGGCGUCCAACAACAAUGCUGCGACCCGCAACUUUAACCCUCACGAGGAUCAGUACGGCCCUCUUCCCCAAGGAUGGGAGCGCCGAAUCGAUCCGCUCGGAAGGACCUACUAUGUUGAUCACAACACACGCACGACCACUUGGACUCGUCCCUCCUCCAACCAGACCGUCAAUACCCACGCCCAGGAUGGUGAGACCAACGCUGCCCGCAAUCAGCACAAUCGUCGCAUCCUCGCGGACGAUAUGCUGGAGGCCAACAAUACUGGUGUUGGCCGCACUGGCUCUGUCACUGGUCAAGAGCAGGCCAACGCGGCCGCCACUGCCGCCUCUGCCUCUGGCGGUCUCGGUCCUCUGCCUGCUGGGUGGGAGGAGCGCCACACUCUUCAGGGUCGCCCCUACUACGUCGACCACAACACGAGGACCACGACCUGGGUCGAUCCCCGCCGGCAGACCGUUAUUCGAGUCAUGGGCCCCAACGGCCAGAACUCGUCGUUGCAACCCCAGACGAUCUCGCAGCUCGGGCCACUUCCGUCUGGAUGGGAGAUGCGUCUCACUUCGACAGCGAGGGUGUACUUCGUGGAUCACAACACGAAGACGACUACCUGGGACGAUCCACGUCUGCCGUCUACGCUCGACGCGAACGUGCCGCAGUACAAGCGUGACUUCCGCAGGAAGCUCAUCUACUUCCGGUCCCAGCCGGCGAUGCGCAAUCAGCCCGGCAACUGCCAGAUCAAGGUCCGGCGGAACCACAUCUUCGAGGACUCGUACGCGGAGAUCAUGCGUCAGACUCCGAACGACCUCAAGAAGAGGUUGAUGAUCAAGUUCGAGGGCGAAGAUGGUUUGGACUACGGAGGUCUUUCUAGGGAGUUUUUCUUCCUGCUCUCGCACGAGAUGUUCAAUCCUUUCUACUGUCUGUUCGAGUACUCCGCGCACGACAAUUACACUCUUCAGAUUAACCCGGCGUCCGGCGUCAACCCUGAGCACUUGAACUACUUCAAGUUCAUUGGUCGCUGCUUGGGCCUCGGCAUCUUCCACCGCCGCUUCUUGGACGCGUACUUCGUCACUGCGUUCUACAAGAUGAUUCUCCGCAAGAAGGUCACCCUCGCCGACCUCGAGAGCGUUGAUGCGGAGCUCCACCGUGGUCUCACCUGGAUGCUUGAGAACGACAUCACCGACGUCAUCGACGAGACGUUUACCACGACUGAGGAGCGUUUCGGCGAAAUGGUUACCGUCGAGCUCAAGCCCGGAGGAGCAGACAUCCCGGUUACCGAGGAGAACAAGAAGGAUUACGUCAACGCGAUCGUCGAGUACCGUAUCUCGAAGCGCGUCAAGGAGCAGUUCGACGCCUUUAUGUCUGGCUUCUCUGAGCUGAUCCCUCAGGAACUCAUCAACGUGUUCGACGAGCGCGAGCUCGAGCUACUCAUUGGCGGCAUGUCCGAGAUUGAUGUCGACGACUGGAUCAAGUUCACCGACUAUCGCGGCUAUGAGGUCAACGACGAGGUCGUGCAGUGGUUCUGGAAGUGUGUGCGCAGCUGGCCGCCGGAACGCAAGUCGCGGUUGCUUCAGUUCGCGACGGGUACGUCGCGUAUACCCGUCAACGGCUUCAAGGACUUGCAGGGCUCGGAUGGCCCGAGGCGCUUCACAAUCGAGAAGUCGGGCGACCCGAACCAGCUGCCGAAGAGUCACACGUGCUUCAACCGUAUCGACCUUCCGCCGUACAAGGACUACGAGACACUGGAGCAGAAGCUGACAUGGGCCGUAGAGGAAACGGUCGGUUUCGGUCAGGAGUAGAGUACUUUGGUCUCAGUUUGCUUUUCCGUCGUCCCGCUCUCCCCACCUCUAUCCUCUCGCCAAUGCUCGUCAUAUUACCCGUUUCCAGGACUCAGCCUCUGCAGCACGUUCCAUCCGUUUAUUACAUGCACGUCAUUUUGUUUAGUACUUUUGCUGUAAAACUUCGCUUUAUGCUCUUGUGAGGCUUCCGCCCCCCUGCUUCCGUCCUUUCCUACGACCUCUUAUACCGGAUGCAGUCUAUGGACUGCACUAUUGUUGCUCCGGAACUCUUUGGACGUCGAUCGUCGUGGAAUCAGGAGUAUGAGAAGUUCUGUCGACGUAGAUAUGUGUGUAUCUAAGUACUCUGCUAGUACCAAAGAUCUUCCGC